GUCUUCUCUAAACCUUUAAACGAACCAAACGCCUCUCUUUGAAUUCAUUUUGAAGAGCUGAAAUUUUUUAUUUUGUUCUCAUCAACUCCAAAUGAAGAAUCGAUUAUCAGCCAAGCCAUGGAUUCUCGGAUUGGCCAUAGCCGGCUUAAUAGCCGGUUCUUUGUUGAUUUCCGGAUACAUAGGUUUCGUGGACAGUAACUUAUUCUGCUCCAUUUCCGGCACCGGAGCACCGACAAUCACCGGGUAUUCCCCGGCGGAUAUCCAGCUUCAGUCAAUAAUCCAUUACGCGACCUCGAAGACAGUUCCGCAGCAAUCACUGGACGAGAUCCAUAUCUCAUUCGACGUAUUGAAGGUUCGAUGUCCGUGCAAUUUUCUGGUAUUCGGGCUCGGCCACGAUUCAUUGAUGUGGGCGUCGCUCAAUCCUCUCGGAACCACGAUUUUUCUUGAAGAGGAUCCGAAGUGGGUUCAGACGGUUUUAAAAGACGCUCCGAUGCUUCGAGCUUAUCACGUCCAGUACCGGACGCAGCUUCAGGAGGCAGAUCGGUUGCUUUCAACUUACAAAUCGGAGCCGUACUGUUCGCCGACGAAGGCAUUUCUUAAGGGAAAUGAAAAGUGUAAGUUAGCGCUUCAUAAUCUUCCAGAAGAGAUUUACGAGAAGGAAUGGGACCUGAUAAUGAUCGACGCGCCGAGGGGGUAUUUUGCGGAGGCUCCGGGCCGGAUGGCGGCGAUAUUCUCCGCCGCCGUGAUGGCGAGGAAUAGGAAAGGAUCCGGCGUUACCGAUGUGUUUCUACACGAUGUUGAUCGGAAAGUGGAGAGGACAUUUGCGCAGGAGUUUUUGUGCAAGAAUAAGUAUUAUGUUAAUGGAGUUGGAAGGUUAUGGCAUUUCAAGAUUCCACCGGCGGCCAAUAUGAGCGAAGCCGAUCGAACUUCGGAUCGAUUUUGUUAGAUCAGAAAGAGGUUUGUUGGAGAUUCGCAGUUUCUGAAAUUAUUUUUGUCUAAAGAUAGUUAUCGGUCUACUGACCGGCGGUGAGAGAGUUGAAGGGAAAAUUUUCUUUGAAUAUCAAUAAAACCCGCCGGAGUCUGAGGUCAUGCGGCGGACAGACAAUUUUGGCCGUCAACUCCGGCUGUGUUUUCGGACAAAGGAAGAAAAGUAAAAGAUUUCAUCUUCUCUUAAUUGACUUUUUGUUCUUUUUUUCCCCUUUCUGUAUUCUCUUUUUUCUUCUUGUCGUCUCCACUUUCCUACCACGUUUGUAUAAUGAUGAUAUUUCAAGUUAAAUUCCCAUUUUAAGCCUCAAA